AUGUUGUCUGUUUUGGUCAAUAAGUCGUUUAUAGGUGGAGUUAUAGAAAUAUGGAGUCAUGUUCACGCUCCAUCUCUCCCCGUCCUGUGUAUCCUCAUCAUGUAUGCAGUGUAUACCAUUUGUGUGAUGAAGAUUCUUCCAGGACCAACAGUCUAUGGACCGGUCACUCCAAAAGGCAACAUCCCAGUGUAUACAGACAAUGGCUUUAAGCAUUACCUUCUGACCAUGGCUCUCUUUUGUUUUCUGACGUUUCUGCUGCAUCCACUUGGACUCUCACCUUCCAUAAUUUACGAUAGGUUUGACGAAGUUCUCGUCUCCUUGAAUGUGUUCAGUCUCAUAUUCUGCAUAUUUCUGUACCUGAAAGGGAAGUUUUCUCCCUCGUCUACCGACUCGGGAUCAUCUGGGAAUAUCAUCUUUGACUACUACUGGGGCAUGGAGCUGUAUCCAAGGGUGUUUGGCGUUGAUAUUAAACUCUUCACCAACUGUAGGUUUGGGAUGAUGGCUUGGGCACUUCUGGUCUGUGUGCAUGUGGUCAAAAGUUAUGAACUGCAUGGGUUUGUAGACUCUAUGUUUGUGUCUGCCUUCCUUCAGCUGCUCUACAUCACUAAAUUCUUCUGGUGGGAGUCGGGAUACCUACACACCAUUGAUAUCAUGCUGGACCGUGCCGGGUUCUACAUCUGUUGGGGUUGUCUGGUCUACAUCCCAGGAAUGUACACUUCCGUUUCCUUGUACCUCGUCAGCCACCCAGUGAGGCUGGGACCUUUACUUGCUGAUGUCAUUCUACUUCUUGGGGCAUUGAGUAUUUACGUCAACUUCAGCGCUGACAAGCAGAAACAAGAUGCCCGCCGGACGAACGGUGACUGUACCAUCUGGGGUCGCAAGGCACAAACCAUCCGUGCCAGAUACCAGCUUGAAAAUGGAGAAGUGAAAGAAAGCCUUCUCCUAGCCUCCGGUUGGUGGGGAUUGUCCCGUCAUUUCCACUACGUGCCGGAGAUUCUGUUAGCUUUCUUCUGGUCUGUUCCUGCUCUCUUCCAGAAUUUGUUUCCCUACUCAUAUUUAAUUUUUCUGACAAUCUUGCUGACGCACCGCAGUUAUCGAGAUGACCACAAAUGCAGAAUAAAAUAUGGCCCAGCCUGGGCUGAAUACUGCAAGAAAGUGCCCUAUAAGAUUAUACCGUUUGUUUUCUAG